AUGUCUGACCUUGCGUGUGCAAGUUAUGUAGGGGUCUAUCCGAUAGGGGCUUUUAUUGUGCAGGGCAAGAUCUCAUUGCAACCUUUAAUUCAAAGACUUCACCGCUAUCAUUACUCCGAAAGGCCUGCGGUCGUGAGUCGAACAAACGGGAUUGUUGGCGCAGGAUCAGGUGUGUCAAGCCCUAUGAGCAGGGGCGGCGGUGGUGUGGAGGUGGAAAAAAUCAACCAAUACGAAAACCUCCUCAAACCAGGGCGAAAUGUAACCCCUUUUGACCUAGACGUCUGCCAACUCGGCAGGCUCGUUUCCCUGGACGACGCCGAGAGGCGGCUCGUGCAUAGAGAGUUGUUUGUGUGCGAGCGCGGCGAUCCGCGUCUUCCAAGGGAAGCAGGGGAGGAGAGUGUAUGGGAGGGGGGACACGUGCUAACGACUCUCAUCCGCCACUCCUGUGCUCAUCCUGGUGAGACGAAGGGGCCGCCCGAACCACGCUUUCAUCGGCUUUGGCAUCAAUUUGAAUGCGGCGUGACGGAUGGCAUAGAUGACUACUGGGCGGUUCACGUGGUAGGGGAGUUCUCCGCGGAUGAAUUGUUUCAGAUUCUCGCGCUUUCUUCGACGGAUCCGGUAGAGGGGAAUCAUCCCCCCACGACGAGCCCCCCGGUGGCCUAUGUGAGGCAGCUGCGGGUGUACUCCCGUGCAUGCCGUGGGGUUGGUCGCCAUCGACGUGAGGUCGUCCCCUCCUCUCCGGAUCAGCGGGGAGGGGGAUCCUUACCGGCGCCUCUGGCAGCUCUUGAGCGCGUUAGGUUCGGCUGCUUCUCACCCAAUCCCAGCCCUCAAGUCCACGGCUAUUCGAUGAACGAUCUGGAGGCGGAGGCGGCGCGUGAUCGCACGAGAUCCAGCCGCGCGGUGCGUUUCACCUUUUCGGAACUUUUUGGGGGCAUUGGGAUGUUUCGUCUGGGGUUGCAGCGCGCUGGUGGGGUCCCGUUGUUUGCCGUCGAGUUCGCCCCGGAGGCCCGCGCCGUGUACGCGGAGAACUUUUUGAGCCCUCGACCGAGCUCAGAUGCAGGGCCUUUGAAUGCCAUCCCUACAGGGAGGCUCGGCGCUGGCGUGGAAGGGGAUCCAUCCACGUAUUCGGAAGGAAACGAAUUUCCAUUUCUAGGCGAUAUCACGGAGAUCCCGUCCUACUUAUUCCCUCCACACGAUCUCUUGACGGCUGGAUUUCCUUGUCAGAGCUUCGCAAAGUCCGGGCCCUCUACGGGGCUACACCAUCGCAAGGGGUGGCUAUUCUAUGAAGUCGUACGAGUCCUGCGGGCAAGUCGCCCCAAGGCAUUUUUGUUAGAAAACGUUAGCAACAUUGUGAAUUUGGAAGGAGGGGGGCAACUUCGUGAGAUAUUGGCAUGCCUAACGUUCCCAGACCACCCUACACGAUUGCCUGGUGGUGAGGAGCCGGGGGAGGCUCCUGAUGACGGUUGUGGAAAGUUCCACGGCGAUGCCGCAGUAAGGUCGCAUUUUACCCCCUUGCUGGACGAUACUUCAUCCUCUCCAACCAGGUACGCUGUGGGUUAUCGGGUGAUUGACGGCUCUAUUGUGAGCCCACAAACUCGACAAAGGGUAUAUUUCAUUGGGAUCCGUCAGGAUGUUCUAUCUCAUACCAUCUUGAGCGGAAAUUCAUAUUUAUUUUCGCAGAGCAGCGCUGUGGACGAUAUCUUUAAUCAUGCGCUGGAGCUGCUUGCGGAGGCUGGCCGUCAUGCUCCCUAUAGAUCUGUCGGGGAUCUCUUAUGCGAGCCUGUUUUUUCUGAAUCUUGUGAUGUUGUUGGAAGCGGACAAGCUACAUCAGUGGUGCUUACACCGACUCAGUGGGAGGCAGUUCAGCGGAGCCGCACAUUUCGCAUGAAUCCCGAAUGGCGCCUUGUGGAUGUGAGAGGGAAGGCUCGCACGCUGAUGGGUAGCUACCGCACAAGCUUUCAGUUGUACUCGGAGUUUGUACCAUAUCCUGACCCCUUCAUCGCGAAAGAUGUUGCCCUUGCGGCGCUCUUGUGUGCAAAUGUGAAAGCAGAAGUGACGGCAUCCAAUGUUUCGCACACCGAGGAGCGGCACGAUACUGCGUUGGAUGAAUCACAGCAUCAGAAGUUCACGUUGGGUAGUCAACAACCCCCCCUACGUUUUUUUUCUACGCGAGAGUGUGCACGAUUGCAGGGAAUUCCUGAUGACAUUCGCUUUACUGUGGAUGUUGAGGAGGGGGGUAGCCGGUGGGAUAGCACCGCCCACCAGAACGCGCUUAAUCCUGGUGUGGAUGCGCCCCUAGCCAGGGAAGGAUGUGCCAAGCGUUCUGAUCGUGUGAGAGGAUCGAAGGUGUCUAAGACGGCCUAUAAGUCGGUGUUAAGCCCUGGCUCUGUGUAUAAACUCAUUGGCAAUGCAGUGAAUCCGAUUGUGGUGCAAUGCCUGGCUCAGAGCAUUGCUACAUGUGUGUUGGCCUCAUCGAAUGCGAAGACGCAUCCCGAUAGUUGUUCCACUACGACGAACACAGGUGAUGCACCGAAGGAUUCCAGCAAACAGGAAUACUCUUUGGAGUUGUAA